UUUAUAUUACAAACGACAUGAUUCAUAGUCCUGCGUUCAUUUUAAAUACAUUCUGAUCAGAUGAAAGAUAUUUAGGCUAUAUAAAAAUACAAAUAUAUAUAUAUUGCAAUACACUUUUUAUGCUAAAACGUUUUCGUAGCGUACAUGUUCCGUUAAUUUAGGAAAUCAAUUAAGGAAUAAUUAGAAAAUGAAUAAUGUACUGGAAUUGUUUUAGAAGCAGAAGUGAUGAACGCGACUGGAGUUGAAUUAAAGGUUUUUUCAGGUAUUAAUGUUUAACGUGAGGUUUAUCUGUUGAAUCAUGACACAUCACUAAAUAAAUCUGAAAUAAUUAGCCUAAUCAUCAGCAGCCGUUUAAUACUUCAAAGGAGGAUUAUUCAAAAAUCAUAAUGUUGUCUUUAUUUAUAUGAUCCUCUCUUCUGUGAAACACAAAUGAGUCUAUUUUGAAAAAUGUUUGGAACCAAACAACACUGACUUUUAUAUUUUCCAAACAACAACAAAAAAAAUUCAAAAUAUCUUCGUUUUGUUUCGCAGAAGAAGGAAGAAAGCCACGCAGGUCUGGAUCGAUAUGAGCAGAAGAUGAUGAGAGGUUUCAGGGUUUUGAGUGAUAUCACUUGGAGCAGUGAUUGAGAAAUGAAAGUGUUUCCUCGUGUAAUCACAGAACAAACUUCAGUGUGUGUGUGUGUGUGUGUCCGAUGCGUGUUGCCAUCAAACACAAAUAAACACAGAUGAGUGUGUGUGUGUGUGUGUGUGUGUGUGUGUGCAUGUUUUUGUAUUUUACGGGGACACAAAUGUGUAUAAUAACAUGGGUAUGACAGAGGUAUUACAAUGUAAAGGUGAUUUACGAGGACACUGUCUAUGUCCCCGUAACUCAAAAGGCUUAUAAAUCAUACAGAAUGAGUUUGAGCAUUUUUAGAUUUUCAAAAAAAAAAAAAAAAAGUCUUCUGUAAGGGGCAGGGUUGGUGUACGGCGAUAGAAAAUACAGUUUGUACAGUAUAAAAACAUUACGCCUAUGGAGAGUCCCCGUAAACCAUAAAAACCAACUUGUGUGUGUGUGUGUGUGUGUGUGUGUGUGUGUGUGUGUGUGGAGGGGCGGGUCCGUGAAGCUCCGCCGCUCGAACAAGAACAAGAACAGCGGGGUCCGGGGAUCCAGAGCAGGUCCAGAGCAGAACCGGACUCUAGCACUCCUCGCUUCUCAAGCUGACAGCUUUAGCAUGUUUGAACUGUAGUUAUGAAUUUGAGCUGAAGUUCCUCGCUCUGUGUGGAUUACAGUCGAACUGCGACCUUUGGCAUCGUGGGAUCCUGCUGGAGUUCGGUUCCGAGAUGGGCAGUAAAGCGUUACCGGCGCCGAUCCCGCUGCACCCGGCGCUGCAGCUCAACUACUCGCUCCUGCAGACGCUCAACGCGUUCCCCGCCGCCGCGGAUCAUCUGUACGGCCUGAGCUCGCUCCAAACCGUGCAGAUGAACCACUGGACCCUGGGCUACCCGCCGGUUCAGGGCCUCGUGGACCCGCGCUUCGCCUUCUCCGCAGCUCUGCCGUUCGCCGCGCAUCUCUUCCACCCCAAACACGGAUCCGCGACGCGCGUCGUCCCCGCGCUGCACAAAGACAGACCCAGGUUUGACUUCGCGAACCUCGCGGCGGCAGCCACGCAGGAGGAUCCGCCCAAAGCGGGCGAGCUGGGCAAGCUGAGCGCGGAGCUGGGCAAACUCUCCCCGGAGCGCAAGCCGGCGCGCGGCAGACUCCCGUCCAAAAGCAAAAAGGAAUUUAUUUGUAAGUUUUGCGGGAGACACUUCACCAAAUCCUACAAUCUACUGAUCCACGAGCGCACGCACACCGACGAGCGGCCUUACACCUGCGACAUCUGCCACAAAGCCUUCAGGAGACAAGACCACCUGCGAGACCACAGAUAUAUUCACUCCAAGGAGAAACCGUUCAAAUGUCAGGAGUGCGGCAAGGGCUUUUGUCAGUCGCGAACUCUGGCGGUGCAUAAAACGUUGCACUUGCAGGAAUCUCCUCACAAAUGCCCCACAUGCGGAAGAACCUUUAAUCAAAGAAGUAACCUGAAAACUCACCUUCUCACCCAUACAGACCUCAAGCCUUUCUCCUGCGGCCGCUGCGGGAAGGUGUUUCGGCGCAACUGUGACCUGCGACGCCACAGUUUGACACACAGCCCUCAGCAGGACUACUAGCUAGUGAACUAACGAGUGCGCGCACGCACGCACGCACGGACUCGCGUGCACCUAAACAGACUCUGUGAACUCAUGUAAAUAAAGUUUUUAUCGUUAUUUUUAUCAUCACCUGCAUCUGAACUGCGUGUUUGGAACCGGGAGAAUUCAUUGUGUAAAUAAAGCGCUCACAGGAUUAAUACAAUCAUGUGUUUCAGUCAAAGACAAUAAAAUGUGAGUGAGAAGAGACGGACACAAUUCUGC